UGUAACCCCAGCACCUAGAGCGGUGCUCAAACGACUGAAGGCUCCUGCGAGUCGCCCUCUCCCCUUGGCCCCGCCACCCGCGGGGAAGGGCUGGCGGGGGGUCACACAGCAUCUCCAUUACGGCAUUUCAUUCGCCACGGCACCAUCUUUCGGACUCUAGCUAGGCUCUUCCAGGACUGGGCGCGCCUCGGUCCCCAGGGUGCCACCUGACAGCCAACACCGACGGGAUAACGCAUGAAUAGAGUCGUUAUUAAAAUUAGCUACCUCCUGUCUCUGCCGGGAAAAACCCCACUUUAAAAAAUCACCGUUUUGAUGAAAGUGCUUCUGUGGAAACCUGAAGAGAGUUGGUGCCUAUUCUUACGGUUGAAGAUCCCUGCUUUUGAAUGUAAUGCACUAAGCUUGCAAACAUGAAAACAUGUUUUGCCCCUUCUCUGAGUUGAGCUGGUCACUAGGAGGCAAAUCCAUGGACAGACAGCCCUGUUGUUUGAAAGUUGGUUUUGUGGAAAGUGAUAAGUUGGUGGAGGUCAGGAUGGCUAACUGGUUGGCUCCCCACAUGGUGCCCUACAUCUACACUACACCUUAAAGAAGCUGAAGAGAAGAUGUUAAAAUGUGUCCCUUGCACAUACAAAAAGGAACCUGUUUGUAUAUCUAAUGGAAAUAAAAUAUGGACACUGAAGUUCUCUCAUAAUAUUUCAAAUAAGACUCCGCUUAUCCUUCUCCAUGGUUUUGGAGGAGGUCUUGGGCUUUGGGCACUGAAUUUUGGAGAUCUUUGCACCAACAGACCUGUCUAUGCUUUUGACCUAUUGGGUUUUGGACGAAGUAGUAGACCCAGGUUUGACAGUGAUGCAGAAGAAGUGGAGAAUCAGUUUGUGGAAUCCAUUGAAGAGUGGAGAUGUGCCCUAGGAUUGGACAAAAUGAUCUUGCUUGGGCACAACCUAGGUGGAUUCUUGGCUGCUGCUUACUCGCUGAAGUACCCAUCAAGGGUUAAUCAUCUCAUUUUAGUGGAGCCUUGGGGUUUCCCUGAACGACCAGACCUUGCUGAUCAAGACAGACCAAUUCCAGUUUGGAUUAGAGCCUUGGGAGCAAUAUUAACUCCCUUUAACCCUUUAGCUGGCCUAAGAAUUGCAGGACCCUUUGGUUUAAGUCUAGUGCAACGUUUAAGACCUGAUUUCAAACGGAAAUAUUCUUCAAUGUUUGAGGACGAUACUGUGACAGAAUACAUCUACCACUGUAAUGUGCAGACUCCAAGUGGUGAGACAGCUUUCAAGAAUAUGACUAUUCCUUAUGGAUGGGCAAAAAGGCCAAUGCUCCAGCGAAUUGGUAAAAUGCACCCUGACAUUCCAGUUUCAGUGAUCUUUGGCGCCCGAUCCUGCAUAGAUGGCAAUUCUGGCACCAGCAUCCAGUCAUUACGACCACAUUCAUAUGUGAAGACAAUAGCUAUUCUGGGGGCAGGACAUUAUGUAUAUGCAGAUCAACCAGAAGAAUUCAACCAGAAAGUAAAGGAGAUCUGCGACACUGUGGAUUGAACACGCUAAAGGUCUUAUGGGAAAACCUGGUGACUGAUCCAAUUGUUCAGCAAUAAUGCAUAAUCUAUGCUGAAGAGUAAUGAAUACAACACAAGAACCAGACAGCCUUCUUGACUAUACUUUGCACGUGUUUUCUUUGUGAAUUCACUCGCACAUUUAAACCAGUUAGUGCCUUCUAGAAGAAUGGCUUUCCUUUCUCCUACACAAAAUUGAAAUAUACAAGUCUCUAAAUUUAAUACCUUCAAAUAAAAGGUUAUUUGUCCCUCUGAUGUA